UCCCGUCUAUUGUUCGCCAGCCGUCAAUACCUGUUCAACCUAGCACAGAAAACGUGCAACAGCAGAAGACAAUAGCGACCACAAACCGCAAAAGCCAUUCAUUCCUUCUGCGGCUCCCGAGCAGUGCUCGAUAUCAAAAAGACAACCGCCUGGUCUACACACUGACCUCUUCACUCCCUCCAACCUGAAACUCAGCCAUCUGGCCUUCUGAGUGCGCGAUCAACCGACCAAAACAACCACCAAGAAACCGAUCAAGAUGUUCGCCAACGGACUCAGCACCGGCGCCCUCGCCGUCCUGCUUGCAGGCUCCCAGCUCGCCGCUGCCCACAUGGAGAUCUCGUUCCCGCCGCCUUUCCGGUCCAAGUUCAACCCCCACGCGACCAACGUCGACUACACCAACACGGCGCCCCUCGCUGCCGAUGGCUCGAACUACCCUUGCAAGGGCUACCACUCAGAUUUGGGCACCGCUGCGGGCGCCUCCACAGCCACCUUCGCCGCGGGCAGCCAGCACAACUUCACCGUUGUCGGUGGCGCUCCUCACGGCGGCGGCUCCUGCCAGGUCAGCUUGAGCUACGACAAGGGCAAGACCUUCACCGUCAUUCAGUCGAUUGAGGGCGGCUGCCCUCUGUCGUCCAGCUACGACUUCACUAUCCCUGCCGAUGCGCCUGCGGGCGACGCCAUUUGGGCCUGGACCUGGAACAACCAAAUCGGUAACCGCGAGUUCUACAUGAACUGCGCCGCCGUCACCAUCACCGGCGGCAGCUCCAAGCGUGAGGUUGAGGAGAAGGCCGAGGAGAAGCGCGCCAGCGCUGCUUUCUCUUCGCGCCCCCAGGUUUUCGUCGCCAACCUCGGCAACGGCUGCAGUGUGCCCGAGGGCAUCGACGUUCAGUACCCCAACCCCGGUCCCGAUAAGGUCGCCAGCGGCAGCAAGCUCGCUCCUCCCUCCGGCAACUGCGGUUCUGCUGCUAGCUCCGGCGACAGCGGUAGCGGCAGCGGCUCCGGCAGUGGAUCGUCUGCGGCGAGCUCCGCCGUGCAGGCCACGGCAGCUCCCGCCACCACUGCUCCGGCUUCUUCUGCCCCUCUUCCUGGUGGCGUCUUCAUCACCGUCCCCACUGGUGGCGCAAGCUCCAGCGCUCCGGCCGCUGCGCCCACCACCCUGGUGACCUCGGUCGCAAGCGCUCCUGCUGCCUCGACCGUCGCCUCUGCGCCGGCGGCCACGGGCACUGGCUCCGCCGGCUCCGGCAGCGGUUCCUCGGCGGGCGGCCACGCCGUCGGCACGGCCUGCAGCAAUGAGGGCGCGUGGAACUGCAUCAACGGCACCUCCUUCCAGCGCUGCGCCAGCGGCGUCUGGUCCGCGCCCAUGGCCGUCGCUGCCGGCACCGCCUGCAAGUCCGGCGAGAGCGAGGCCCUCAGCAUGGACCUCUCCAACAGCAAGCUCCGCCUGCGUACCCGCUUCCGGGGUUCCGCCAAGCUCCGGCUUGCCGCCUAAGUUUCAGCCCUUCCCGGCAAACCAAACUUCUUUCGCUUCGUCUUCUAAAGAGUCGGUUUUGCUGGCCAGCUAGCUGGCAGCGCACACCAGCUCUUUGAUUUCGAGACUUCGUUUUGCACCACCAACUUUCCGUUCUGCUUUUCCUGGUGGGGCAAAGUG